AUGAAAGGUCGUGACGUUAUAGCGCAGGCCCAGUCUGGUACCGGAAAGACUGCUACGUUCUCGAUUUCGGUGCUUCAAUCAAUUGACACAGACCUGAGGGAGUGCCAGGCUUUGAUUCUUUCACCGACUCGUGAAUUGGCUGUACAGAUUCAGAAGGCGAGUCUUUUUUACAAUCAAAAGGUCGUUUUGGCUCUUGGAGAUUACAUGAAUGUGCAGUGCCAUGCAUGUAUUGGUGGUACGAACAUCGGUGAAGACAUUCGUAAACUGGACUAUGGACAGCAUGUUGUGUCGGGUACUCCCGGUCGUGUGUUCGAUAUGAUUCCGUCGUCGUAA